AGCAACGCUUCAAGUUUCAAGAUGGCGCCGAGAAUUUAGUUGACGUGAAGGAACAAAUGGCGCCAAAACCAUCGAAAUAGUGUAUAUCACUCAAGACCUAAGGUUCUUUUAUAAUUGUAUAUUAGUUUUUUUGUAAAUAUUAUCAAAAUGGAUGACGCAAGAAUUGAAUGGAUGCGAAAUAAAGUGUACUGUAGUCUUGGCAUCACAGACCCAGAAGUGUUUGAAGACCUACUGACGAGAGAUGAAGGCAUAAACGAGAGUGAACUCCUCAGGUUCUUGAACGAAGAUCCAAAGGAGGGAUGCAGUUUGAUUUUUUAUUCAAUGCUUCGGGAAGAAGAAGAGGAGAUCGAAGUAGAAGCAGAACCAGAAAUGCCAGAAAUGCUUGAAAAUGGUGAAGAUGGUGAAAAAGAUGAAGGUGAAGGCGCAGAGGCUGGUGAUCUUGUGAUGGAGAGGGUACCUACUGCAGAUGGUGGUGCAAGUAAUGCUGAUGGUGCAGUGGCUGAUGCUGAGGCUAGUCAGGGUGACAAUGCUGAUGGCAUGGCCAUGGUUCCMGUGGAUGGUGAAGAGGGAGCUGAUGCACAACCAUCUCCAAAGCCACCAGCUACAAAAAUCAUCAUACAGAAAGUAAUCAGGACAGUCUUGUUUAUGAGCUAUGAACACCUCCCUGAGGACUUUGUAGAUGGCAGUGCAUUCUACUUUUUGCGUAAUACAAAUGGUCCAGUUCCAUUGCCUUCCAAUGUAUAUGAAGCUGAAGAUAUGCUUCCACCAUUAUUUGACUUUGGGUCUUUGAAUGACCAAAGUCUUUUAAUGCUAGAACAGCUACUAACCCUUGUUUACAUGCCAUUAUUGUCUUACAAUGGCUGUCACAGGUCAGAUGCUUCCUCAGAUGCAAGUGGUGACAAAAGAAGGGAAAGUCAUAGAACCUCUGUUUCAGCCAGCGAAUCACAAUCUGAAGAUUCACAUAACAAAACCCAACUUAGAGAUGAGUUUCUAAUGAACAUGCAAAAGUUUGCAUCACAUAUAAACAGAACAAUUCACCAGCUUGAGGGUGAUGUUAGGUUGGAAAUGCCUGAUUUAGUGAUUGGUGAUGAUAUUGCUGAGGUUGCCAAGGAUACAGAGCUUGUCAGCACUUUAGAAGAAACACUUCAUAAUUGGGAGGUCACUAUUUCAUCUGCAUUGGAGCUACACUUAAAGAAGAUUCCCCAAGGCAAUGGUCCUCUUGCAGAGAUUGACUUUUGGCGUGAACGUAAUGCUACACUAAGUGCAAUAGCUGAGCAGCUUAAAUUACCAACAGUGAAGAAGGUAGUCGCUGUACUUAUGAAAGUCAACUCUGAAAGUAUGGCAGGCUUUGAAUACCACAGAGCAGAACUCAACAAAUAUUACACUGAAGCCAAAGACAAUGUAAGGUUUUUGUCAACACUUGAAAGACAUUUUAAAAACUUAGCUCAUGGAGCAGGCUUCAAUAUUGUUCUUGAGACCAUUCCGUCCAUGAUGAAUGCAUUGAGAAUGGUAUGGAUUAUAUCAAGACAUUAUAAUAGAGAUGAAAGAAUGGUACCUCUUAUGGAGAGGAUUGCUUGGGAACUUAGUGAACGUGUUGCAAAAACAGUGAGCAUCAGAACCAUUCUCAAGGAAUCACCAAAUAUUGUCAAACAAAAAACAUCUGAAGCCAGGCAGACUUUGAUGACUUGGAAGGAGUCUUACUUUGAUGUCCGUGCUAAAAUUGAGGCAUCAGGAAGAGAUGCACGCUGGGAAUUUGAUCGUAAAAGGCUGUUUGAAAGGACAGAUUACAUGGCAUCAAUCUGUGAAGAUUUACAGCAAGUUGCUCAAGUCAUGGAAGAGUUUUAUAAUAUMUUUGGACCAGAACUGAAGGCUGUGACUGGAGAUCCAAAACGCAUUGAAGAUGUCUUGAAAAGAGUUGAUGCUUUGGUGGACCCAAUUGAAAAUGUGACAUUUGAUCCUUUCAGUCUUCGCCAUACAGCUAACUGGCGUACUGUCAUGGAAUGGUUCCAUCGUGAAGUGCAAGCCAUUGAAAAUGAAGCUAAACAUUUCAUUGAUGACUCCUUCAAGACCCUUCGUUCUGCUGAAGGUGCCUUUGAUAUGCUGUUGAACUUUAGACAUAUAAGAUCAAGGGAAACCAUCAACUCACAGAUGAUGAAGAAGUUUAAUGACAUCUUGCUGCAAUUUGGAAAAGAGGUGGAUGCUAUGUAUUCAUUAUUCAAAGCGCAUGCCGAGCACCCACCUGUCUUCAAGAAUCAACCUCCAGUUGCAGGUGCCAUAAGCUGGGAAAGGUCAUUAUUCCACAGAAUAAAGAGAACCAUUCUUAGAUUUCAAGAAAUGGAAGACAUGUUAAACAGUGAACAGGGRAAAGCUGCAAGCAAGAAGUAUGUAAGYGUUGCAAGGCUAAUGAAAGAAUAUGAAGACAAGAAAUAUGAAGCCUGGCGAGAGCAAAGCGAGGCUAACUUGUUGAUUUACCUCAAGAAAAACCUGCUKACAAAACCUUCAAGCAGCUCUGCAACUACUCACAGGAGUGUGAUUGACGACAGUACAGGACAUGAGGACACAUCUGAUCAUCACGUUCCCCAUCCCAAUGUACAAUAUGUGGUGGACUUUUCUCCAGAACUUGGUGAAAUCAUUACAGAAACUAAGUAUCUUGAACAACUUGGAUUUCAAGUUCCAGAACUAGCAAGGAACGUCUCUUUACAGGAAGAGAAAUACUUGAAAUAUGUUGAUGGGUUGAAAGUCAUGCUAGACAGAUAUCAUUCKGUUAUUGGUAGCCUUGAUGUUGCAGAGACCCAACUAUUAGAUGACCACAUAAAAGAGCUGAAACGAGUGCUUAAACCAGGAGCUAAGAGACUUAAUUGGAACUCAUUGGGCAUCAGUGAUUACAUCACACGCUGUGGGCAGGCUAUUGGCAAGUUUGAAUCAUUAGUCAACCAAAUCCAGAAGAAUGCAAAGGACAUUAAUAACAGACUAGAAAUGAUUGAAAAUACAAUACUAUUUAAACCACCACCACAGAAACCAAACAAUAUGUUACCAGAUACCAAGGAAUACUUUGAUUACCUUGAGAAAGGCCGUACACAUGAGCUUGACAUCCUGGCAAGAAAGUACCGUGCCAUUGGCCCAUUGCUGACUAAAAUGGAAGGACUUGUAGCUCAUACAAACACUGGACGCUCACCAAAACUACAACCUUAUUAUGCAUACUGGGAGAAUGCUGUCUACGAAGCACUCACCAAGAUGGUGACUCGAAAUUUACAGCUUUUUAAUGGUCAACUUCAGUCCAAGCAGGCUCUAUUUCAGAUUGAAACAGUUCUAUCUGCACCUGAGAUUGUGCUAUCUCCACCUUCUAAUGAGAUUUAUAAGCUUAUUAUGCAAUCAGUUAGAGACAUGGUUGAAGGCACAAAGCAGUUCGUACGAUGGAUGCAUGGUACGUGUAUUGAAACGCCGCCACAACAUGCCGAGGGCGAGGACGAACCCGUCGUGUUCAGUUUUUUUACGGACAUUGCUGCAAAUCCUGCUAUUGUAGAGCUUGUUACUGCGGUGACCAAGAGCGUUCAGAGUACACUUGGCGCCCUUAACAAGUACUUAAAUAGGUGGAAAAGAUAUAGGCUACUAUGGAAACUUGAUAAGAGCAACAUGGUAGAAAAGUUUGCAUCUAAGAAUCCGUCAUGCAUUGCAUAUGAUGAAAAGCUUCAGUUUUAUUCAAAUCUUGUAGUUGAGGUUGGUAGUCAAGCAAUGACACGUGAUGGUGACUUUAUGCGUCUCAACCUGGAGCCUUUAGCAACUACUAUCCAAACCAACGCCAGGGCAUGGGUCAAAGAAUUGGGUAAAAUGUUGAACGAUUCGGCCAGGGAGAACCUUAUGACACUGAAGACAGAGUUGGAGGGCUUGAAUAAUGAUCUAAAGCGAGUACCAGACACCCUGGAAGACCUUAAGUUUGUACUCAGGGUUAUUGCAGACAUUAGAGACAUGUCACUUAACGUGGAGCUGAGAUGUGCAGACAUCAGGGAAAGAUAUCGUACAUUAUUGAUGUAUGAUCUACAGGUUCCAGAGUCUGAGCUUGAAUUAUGUAACAACAUCAACCAAAUAUGGGACGAUCUGUUCGCUGAAUCAAGAAGUGUAGACUACAGUCUUGUGUCUGUAAAAAUGAAGUUUACUGAGAUAACACAAGAGCAAGUUUCAGACUUCACUAAAGACAUUUCUAAGUUCAAGGAAAGUUUCAUCGAGGAAGGACCAAGCAGCGUUGGUACAGACCUUGAUGCAGGCGUAGAAUUGUUGAAACGCUUCAAGGAGGAGUUUGCCAAGUACGAAAAAGAACGUCAAGAAUUAACUAAUGCUGAACGUCUGUUUGGUUUACCAAUCUCAAUGUAUCCUGAAUUGAAUCAAAUGGAAAAAGAACUGAAAGGAUUGGAUCAGAUAUUCUCUAUCUAUACCAGUCAACAGGCAGCACGAGAUGAAUGGUCUAAUACACUAUGGGCAAACCUUGAUGUAUCAUUGUUAUCUGAUGGUAUCGAUGGAUAUAUCAAACAACUCAAGAGACUACCCAGAGAAGUCAAGGCCUUACCAUUAUGCCAUAUCCUYGAAGAAAAAAUGAAGGAAUUUAAGAAUUCCAUACCACUUUUCUCUGACCUUAAGAACGAGGCUCUAAGAGAACGUCACUGGAAAAAGCUGAUGGAAAUGACAGGCAUGAAGUUCGAUCUUAACCCUGAAACCUUCACACUGCAGAACAUGUUUGCAAUGGAACUUCACAACUUCAGUGAUGUCAUCGCUGACAUCACAGCUAGUGCCACAAAGGAGCUUGGGAUAGAGAAGGGUAUCUCUGAGGUGACCGAGACGUGGGGUAACAUGAAGUUCAGUGUCACCAAGUACAUGAAAGGAACCCAAGAGCGUGGGUUUGUGUUGGGCAGCGUGGAUGAGAUCCUACAAAUCCUGGAUGACAAUGCUAUGAACUUACAAAGCAUGUCUGCCUCGAGGUUCGUUGGACCAUUUUUGGAGAAUGUCAAUAAAUGGGAAAAGAGCCUGUCACACAUUGCAGAAGUCGUUGAGGUGUGGAUGGUUGUACAACGCAAGUGGAUGUAUUUAGAAAGUAUCUUUAUUGGUGGUGAUAUCAGAGCACAGCUUCCUGAAGAAGCAAGGAAGUUUGAUGACAUUGACAAAACGUUCAAGAAGAUAAUGGCUGAUACAGCAAAGAACCCCAAAGUUCUCGAGGCCUGCCAUGCAGCAAAUCGUCUGGACCAGCUCCAAUUUAUCGUCAAUGGUCUCGAGAAAUGUCAAAAGAGUCUUAAUGAUUACCUGGACUCCAAACGAAACGCUUUUCCUCGGUUCUUCUUCAUCUCUGAUGAUGAGUUGCUAUCAAUUCUUGGUAGUCAUGAUCCGACAUGUGUACAGGAACACAUGAUCAAGAUGUUUGAUAACAUUGCUAGUUUGCGCUUCCAAGAAGGUAACAACAAAGAAACAGUAGCUACAGCCAUGAUAUCUAGUGAGAAAGAGAUCAUGGAAUUUAGGAAAGGUGUUCCCGCUGAAGGCCGAGUUGAGGACUGGAUGACAAAUGUGCUGAAUGAAAUGAGACGGACGAAUAGAUUGAUUACCAAGGAAGCCAUUUUUAACUAUUGCAAUGAAAUAACCAGGACCGAUUGGAUGGUGGGAUACCAAGGUAUGGUUGCCCUGGCUGGUAACCAAGUCUGGUGGACGUGGGAAGUAGAGGACGUGUUUCGUAAAGUCAAGAAAGGCGACAAAAUGGCUAUGAAGAAUUACGCUAAGAAGUGUCACACUCAGAUUGACGAUCUUGUGGUCAAAGUGCGUUCAAACCUCAGUAAAAAUGACCGWAAGAAGUUUAAUACGGUAUUGAUUAUAGAAGUACAUGCACGAGACAUAGUGGACGGGUUCGUACGUGACAGUAUUCUAGAUUCUCGGGAAUUUGAAUGGGAAAGCCAGCUACGUUUCUAUUGGGAGCCAGGACCCGAUGAGUUGAUGAUUCGUCAGUGCACUGGAGAGUUUGGGUAUGGAUACGAAUAUAUGGGCUUAAAUGGCAGGCUUGUCAUCACCCCCCUGACUGAUAGAAUCUAUUUGACCAUUACUCAGGCAUUGUCUAUGUACUUGGGUGGUGCUCCAGCCGGUCCGGCAGGUACAGGCAAGACAGAGACAACUAAGGAUUUAGCAAAGGCUUUGGGUCUUCUUUGUGUUGUGACAAACUGUGGAGAGGGCAUGGACUACAAGUCAAUUGGUAAGAUCUUCUCCGGUCUUGCRCAGUGCGGUGCGUGGGGAUGUUUCGAUGAGUUUAAUCGUAUUGAUGUGUCUGUAUUGUCCGUGGUGUCUACUCAAAUCAAGACUCUCCAAACUGCACUUAUCAAUAACCUUAAACGAUUGCAGUUUGAAGGUACUGAGAUUGCAUUGGAUAGUCGUAUGGGUAUCUUUAUCACCAUGAACCCUGGAUAUGCCGGGCGUACUGAGUUGCCUGAGAGCGUCAAGGCUUUGUUUAGACCUGUGAUGUGUAUCGUACCAGACCUGCAGCAAAUUUGUGAGAUUAUGUUGUUUUCUGAAGGCUUUCUACACGCCAAGGUUCUGGCCAAAAAGAUGACUGUUUUGUAUAAAUUAGCGUCAGGUCAGUUAUCUAAACAGUCUCAUUAUGACUUUGGUCUCCGUGCUUUAAAAGCUGUACUUGUAAUGGCCGGUGAACUGAAGAGAGGGUCACCUGAACUAAGCGAGGAUGUUGUUCUUAUGCGUGCUUUACGUGAUAUGAAUCUACCAAAGUUUGUCUUUGAAGACGUCCCACUUUUCCUGGGUCUCAUUGCCGACUUGUUCCCAGGCCUCGACUGUCCUCGAGUUCGCUAUCCUAACUUCAAUGACGCAGUAGAAGCUGUUCUCGAGGAAAACCGCUAUGUACCKYUGGCUCACCAGGCUGACAAGGUUGUACAGAUGUAUGAGACAAUGUUAACUCGUCACACGACCAUGAUUGUGGGACCGACAGGCGGAGGAAAGACUGUUGUUAUCAAUACUCUUGCRCAGGCGCAAACCCGGCUUGGAAUGCAAACGAAGCUUUACGUGAUGAAUGCUAAAGCCUGUACAGUMAUAGAGCUGUAUGGAACACUUGAUCCUGUAACACGUGACUGGACGGAUGGACUUCUUUCAUGUAUAUUUCGUGAAAUCAACAAACCCACCGAGAAGAACGAACGCAAGUACAUAGUAUUCGAUGGAGAUGUGGACGCGCUUUGGGUGGAGAACAUGAACUCUGUCAUGGAUGACAAUAAACUGUUGACACUUGCUAACGGAGAACGAAUUCGACUUCAAAAACACUGCGCGCUGUUGUUUGAGGUAGCUGAUCUAAGGUACGCGUCCCCUGCUACAGUAUCUCGGUGUGGUAUGGUCUAUGUUGACCCUAAGAACCUUGGSUAYACRCCAUUCUGGACAAGAUGGUGCGGUACUCGAGGGAACGAGAAAGAACGAGAAGAAUUGAACAGAUUGUUUGAGAAGUACGUACCCCCWUCUAUCGAUCUUAUCCUUGAAGGAAUGCUAGAUGGCAAACAGGUCAAGAAACUCAAGACUAUUAUACCACUGACCAACCUAAAUAUGGUGGAACAACUAGCUCACAUGUUGGACUCCUUGUUACCUGCUGCAGAAAGCUCUACUUUCCUGGGUCCUGAUAUCACCGAGGCAAUAUUUAUUACUUCAUUGAUAUGGUCUUGUGGUGCUGGGCUUCUGGAGGAGGGACGAAUAGUUUACGAUCAACUUGUUAAAAGGCUAGCGUCCAUGCCUCAGAACCCUGCUGAAGGCUCGACUGUAGGACCAGGUGAGCUUCCUAGUGCUCAACCGUCCUUGUACGAAUACUUCUUUGAUGGUAAACUAUUGAAAUGGGUUCCGUGGAUAGACGUGGUACCAGAGUACAUCCAUAACCCCGAGUUGAAGUACAAUGAGAUCUUGGUUCCUACAGUAGACACUAUACGUACUCGAUGGCUGCUUGAAUUGAUGGUUAAAAUACACAGACCUGUUGUAUUAGUAGGAGAAACUGGUACAUCGAAAACAGCUACUACAGCAAACUUCCUAAAGCAACUCGAUUCAGAUACAACGCUACUGUUAAACAUCAACUUCUCUUCUCGUACGACGUCGAUGGAUGUGCAGCGUAACCUGGAGGCUAAUGUAGAAAAGCGUACCAAAGACACGUACGGUCCCCCUAUGGGUAAAAGACUGUUAGUAUUUAUGGACGAUAUGAAUAUGCCACAGGUCGAUGAAUACGGUACUCAACAGCCCAUUGCUUUACUCAAGCUCUUACUAGAGAAGGGUGGUAUGUACGAUCGUGGUAAAGAACUUAUAUGGAAAAACGUACGAGAUAUUGGCUUUGUAGCCGCCAUGGGAAAGCCUGGCGGAGGCCGUAACGAGGUGGAUCCUCGAUUUAUCUCGUUGUUCAGCGUCUUCAACAUUACAUUCCCGKCGGAAGAUUCACUCAAGAGAAUCUAUUCAUCGAUUCUGUCUGGUCAUGUUCAAGCUUUUCCCAAAGAAAUCAAAGAAUUGGUGGAUAAGACGACGUCUUCCACCCUGGAACUGUAUCAGAACAUUAUACGAGAUUUACCACCUACGCCRUCUAAGUUCCAUUAUAUAUUUAACCUACGUGAUUUAUCCCGGGUAUACCAGGGGCUUUGUCAAACUACCCCAGAUAGGUUUGACACUCCGGCUAAGUUCGUCAGAGUUUGGAGAAAUGAAUGUAUGAGRGUAUUCUGUGAUCGUCUGACUACUGAAGCUGAUACUGAAACUGUCAUGGGRUAUAUCAGUAGUUUGGUUGACAAGAACUUUAGUGAACACACUGAGGUGAUCAUGCGUGAGCCAUGUUUGUUUGGGGACUACCGUAACACAUUGACUGAAGAUGUUCGUCUUUAUGAAGACAUUGUAGACUACGAAGCAUCGAAAGCCAUCUUUGAAGAGAUUCUAGAGGAAUACAACAUGGAUCAUGCUGCUAUGAAUCUUGUAUUGUUUGACGACGCCAUCGAACAUUUAACGCGUAUUCAUCGUGUAAUCCGUAUGGACCAAGGUCACGCCCUUCUUGUAGGGGUAGGGGGUAGUGGUAAACAAAGUCUUACCAAACUGGCAGCGUUUGCGGCAGGGUGUGGCGUGUUUGAAAUCACUCUUACACGUGGCUACGAUGAGAGUAGUUUCCGUGAAGACCUGAAGGGCUUGUAUCAACAACUUGGAGCCGAGAAUAAAAAGAUGGUGUUCUUGUUUACCGAUGCACACGUCGCUCAAGAAGGUUUCUUGGAGUUGAUAAAUAACAUGUUAACCUCAGGAAUGGUUCCAGCUUUGUUUCCUGAUGAUGAGAAGGAGGCUAUUAUUGGACAGGUAAAAACCUUGUUGAGAUAAUGGCUAUUAUUGGACAGGUAAAAACCUUGUUGAGAUAAUGGCUAUUAUUGGACAGGUAAAAACCUUGUUGAGAUAAUGGCUAUUAUUGGACAGGUAAAAACCUUGUUGAGAUAAUGGCUAUUAUUGGACAGGUAAAAACCUUGUUGAGAUAAUGGCUAUUAUUGGACAGGUAAAAACCUUGUUGAGAUAAUGGCUAUUAUUGGACAGGUAAAAACCUUGUUGAGAUAAUGGCUAUUAUUGGACAGGUAAAAACCUUGUUGAGAUAAUGGCUAUUAUUGGACAGGUAAAAACCUUGUUGAGAUAAUGGCUAUUAUUGGACAGGUAAAAACCUUGUUGAGAUAAUGGCUAUUAUUGGACAGGUAAAAACCUUGUUGAGAUAAUGGCUAUUAUUGGACAGGUAAAAACCUUGUU